GCGGCACAUGUAACGCGUGUCGUGUUUCAAAAUGGCCGCUAUCGACAUGUUGUCGUCGGAACAAAUAUUUUAUGGGUGCAGCCCGCCAGCCGGUUUUCUAACAGACUAUUCAGCUCCCGUUAGAAGACCAACAAAACUAACAUCUAGAGGUUACUCGGCGCCCUCUCUCUCUGUGCUAAAACCGGUGCAAUUGUCAUUAAAAUCAUCAGCACCGAGAAGCUGUAUACGGUUAUCAACGGAGAAGAAGCAAAAACGAGUAGUGUUUGCGGACGACAGAGGUUACGCGUUGGAGCAUGUGAAGGUCAUGACUGAGCCGUCCCAUGUACCACCAUACUGGGCUCUGAUGAUUGUCGCCAGUCCACCAUUGGAAAGAAAACCUUCACUGGUUGACACUUGGGAUGUGAGGUUCCCGCAACCGGCCUCCAAUUAUUUAGAAUUCAGAAGGAGAAUAACAGAGAACUAUGUCGCGUUGGAGAAUGUGAUUGUGAAACAGAACGAAGGCGCCGUGGAUGGUACCGUCAAAGUGAAGAACUUGGAUUUCGCGAAGGAAGUUCUGAUCCGUGCAUCAUCCGACGGGUGGAGUACACAUGAGGACACAUAUUGUGCAUUUGUCGAAUCUGGGCCUUUGAACACGAUUGGUGUAUCAACUUACGACACAUUUGGCUUCCGUUUGCAGCUACCCAUACAUUCGAGGAAGUUAGAGUUCUGUGUGUGCUUCCGCUGCAAAGAUAAGGAGUAUUGGGAUAAUAGGAAUGGUGAAAAUUUUACGAUAGAAAAGUCGUCAGUGAGAAAAACGCCAGCGAUAUCGUGUGCUAGGAUAAAUUAUGGUAAUUCGUGGAGUGGUUCCAUCGUUGGUCACACGCCGUAUUGGUGAAUUGUGUUGCGUGGAUUUUGUGCAAAAGUUUUGUGAAUUGUGCUAUGGUAAAGUCCAGUUCAGAGACGGCAAGAUUGUUAAAUUACUUUUGACUCGGAGCAGAGUAAAUAAUUUUGCAUGAUUCUUGCUCUGACAGUCAUUACAUGGCAUGUCAUGACAUGGCAGACCAGGAAUAUAGUUUUUAUGACUAAAGAUGUCUGGUUUUGAUGAGAUUUAUAUGUAAGUAAAUAGAUUUUGUUGAUUAAUAAUAAUAUUGAGAGGUUAAAAACUAAACUGUAGGUCUAUUUAUUAAUUUUAAUGAGUCAUUAGCAAACCAUCAAAUUAUAUUACAAAAACUGAUAAAUUAUCUUCAUUAAUGUAUCUACAUCAAUCACAAUAAUUUAUCAAUUUAUUAAUUAAUUAAACUGUUGAGUUUUUAUGCUUUCAUACUUCAAUGGUAAAUAAUUGGUAUGUAUCAUAAAAUAUUUCAAUAAUCAUUAAAUUUAUUUUGUGUUGGUUAAAAACAUUCUCUUCUAUAGAUAUGUUAUAUGAUCUUAAUGCUAAUUACUUUUACGAACAAAAGGAUAGCUGUAAAACCAAUUACGAAACAAAUUUUUUUUAUUUAUUGUAUUUUGUAGGGUGUAUAUUUCUAAUUAUAUAUUGGCACUGCGACUUAAAGUAUACUUGGAAACUAGGGGACAUAAUAAUUUAUUAUUCCAAUUUUUUUUAAAUCCUCGCAUCAUUGGCUACCAUAUCGUGUUUGAUAUUCUCCAAAACCAUGAAAAGAUUUCAUUCACAUUCUUGAAUCAUGAAAAGAUUUCAAUCUUUGAAGUUUGGAUUGUAGUUGGGAGCACGGUUUCGGUGGCGUGUCGCGCGGAUAAGCAUAAUUUUUCAAUAUGUACCGUUAUUUCCUGUGAAAUAUAAUACCGAUAUGGACAGGUUAAAAAUAAAACCCCAAAUUGUGUCAAUAAUUCUGUGUUAAACACAUUCACAGUAUCUUUGUUUUUUUUAGAUUUUAUUGGUUUAAAAAAUACAUAGAUUUUAUUGGUUCUCCAUUAUCAAAUAAAAAACAGCACACGCGAUGACAAAUGAGUUCGGUAAAUGUAUUUUUCGUAAGUCCACAAAUUUCUUGGAAAUUGAACGUCAUUAACCUUUAAUAAUAAAAAUAUUCUAUUAAAAGUACUAGACUUACUUGGAUUCCCUGCGUCUAGUGUGUUCUAAUUGACAAUAAUUUCUACAUAACCUACUAGAUUAUAAUUACACAAACAAGAUCUUAAAGCAAAGUACAGAAUGUUAGUGAAUUUAUAAUGUUUUGAAAGUAAAUUUAAAGUUAAAAGUUUAAGAAAGGGCCUCUGAAGGAGAAAAAGCGUCUUAUAUUGAAAUUAUUUGCAUUCUAUCAUGUUUAUUCAAAAGGUUUGAUUGAUUGCCACGCCUUAAUAGAUAAAUAUAGUCUAUGGUUUUACAGUACAUUUUAAAAACGUAUAAACUAGAAAUAUCGGUAUUUUGUUAAUAAUUAAAUUGCCUUUAUCCGUUGAAUGAAUAUUGGAAUACUAAGAGUAAUUCUAACAGUAGUUUUUUUUUUAAUAAUAGGGGGACAAACGAGCCCUAUAAUAAAGGGCAGUAAUCGCAGCCCAUGGACACCCUUAGUGGGUGCGUUGCCGGCCUUUGAGUGAGGAGUAAUGUUUUACUACGUAAUAAUAACUAGUACUUUCUGUCCCCCAUAGAACGCAGUAUUUCCCUAUAACGGAAAUAUAUAUUUAGCUAUAUUUCUGUAGUGUGAAAUUUAUAAUGAUUAUAAAAAUAGACAAAAUAACUUUAUUUAAUCGUAAAAUUUUUGAAUAUUACUACGCCAUUUUCUAUAACGCGGUCCGGGUCUACCGGGGAUCACUAGAAUAUGUGGUUUAAAAAAUUGCUUUUAUAAUCAAUUUUUGAUUUCAAAAAACAGUAAAGGAAAACUUGUCGUAUACCCGAAAAGCGUGUGUCAGGCACAGGUGUCUUAUCACCACUUGCCUAUUAGUCACAUCAUGAAACAGAUACUUAGCCCAGAUCUAAUGCAGCGCCGGUAAAAAAUUUAUUCCUUUUGAGUAAAAAUUUCUAGAAACUACUUACAAAGUUUCUAGAAAUAGUACUAUUUGAUUUUUACCUUUUCAUUUGAAAAGUCUACUAAUUCACUUAGACAUUGUUACCAAAAUGAAAUAUAUAUAAAAUUUUCUAGAAUGUUUAUUUAAAAAUAUACCUAAAACUAAUUAAUUUAAUUAACCUUUCCCCUGAUUUAAAUAACGUUAUUGUAUUAGGUUGUUAACCUUCAUUAUAAUUUUGACAAUUGACAUUUUAAAACUCCGAUACGUUUAAAAAUCGGUUUGGUUACAGAAAAGAAUUAAGUACUCGCAAUCUUAAAGUAACCCGAGACAAUCUAGUUGAUAUUUUAAUAAACUCAAACUCAAAAAUAUCUUUAUUCAUAUAGGUAAACAUGUACACUUAUGAACGUCAAAAAAAGCAAAUUAAAUUAAUUAUAAAUUUACAUUUACAACCAGUCCUCAAGUCAAGGGCCUAGAGCGGGUAAAAAGAACUGGCAAGGAACUUCCCGCACCUCUUUUCAAUCGCCAAGUUUUUAAUACAAAUUGUUUGAACUGGAGCAGAUAAAUCCCAAGGAUUAGGAUCAUAUAUAAGUAUUCGUCACAUUUAUAAAAGGCUUUAUUAAUUAAUUUACUGAUAAUUCUCUAAUUUCGCUUACACGUAUGAUAUGUACCAUACAAACAAUAUAAGAAUUGAACAAUUCAUAAGACUAAUAAGGUAAAAUAUAAAAUUCCUUUGAAGACAAAUUUACGCGCCAUUUUGUGUGGCAGAAUAUGAGAAAUGACGAGUGUUCUUAACACAUAAUAAUUGUUACAUAUUCUUGCAAUAUAUUAUUAUUACUUAAUUGUGGCGUCAUUUGAAUAAAUCUUCAAUGAAUAACUACCCUGUGGUUUCCUCAUUCAUUCGGUCGUAGCACGUUGUUCUGUAAAUUUUUCUCGGUAUAGACUAUAGACUUUUAAAUGCAGAAAGAUUUUUUUAUAUAUCAAGGACGUUUUUAAAAGCUGUAGAAUCUAAAGAAAACGUCGGAUAAAUUUAAAAUUAUGUUUAAAUAAUUAUAAGUUUACAAUAAUACAUAACUUCAAUCCGUUAAAAAAGUAUUUUCUUUAAAUGAGUAAAAGUUAUGUUAAUAAAAGACUAGCUGUAGAAUCACUAUUCUCUAUUGUCAAUAGUUCCCGCAGCAUAUAGGGCAUUAUUCAUUACGUCACGCCAUUUUUGGAGAUUCUUGAACCCAUGUAACCCAAUAGAAAAACGGUUCGUCACCACUCAGUGACGCACUAAACCUAAAAUUUGCCAUUUAUGUGGUGUAAACUAUAGGAAAGUCGAAAAUUACAAUUAAACAAUGACGCAUAAUUUAAUCCCAGCCACGCAUUGUAACGUUUUGCCUUAACUCAACUAUACAACUUUAAUAAUGAUUGGGGUGUGUACAAAUAAAGAAUUAUUUUGACAAAUAGGUUACAUUACAAUGGAAUUAACGCGGGCUUUCACUAUAUUACACAAAAACAUAGAAAUGGUAACGUUUUACCUGUGCGAUACAUUUUUAUAUCGCUUCGUAUCACUUACUAUCAAUGUGUAAUAUUUAAAUUCAAGGCGACGCCACGAUGACCUUUCAUAAGGUCAUUUGUAUUUCCUCUUGUUGGCAUGCUAAGUUCGCGCGUAAACGGACAAUUCAUAUGUCAAAUAAAACGUUACAGACUCAAAAUUUUAUUGGUCAAAACGUCUAAAUUUUACUUCGAUGUUUUAUAGUUUCUAUGGAAUGAGUUAUUAUUAGUUUGAGAGAGAGAACUUUUUUGAGAUUUUUGUUUUUUUCCAGAUUUACAAAUUCUUAAAAAAAAAAUUCAUAGAUUAAUAUAGUAUGAUUUCCAACAAAAUUAAACUGUUUCAUAUAUUUCUGAACUGUUGCCUAGACUGUUGUCAUGGAAACAUGAAACAAAUUUUCACUGAGAGAUAAUUUACCAUUCCAAUAUGAGCAAUAUAAAUCUUUAUGAUAUAAGUUCAAGUACAAUAUAUUAGCAAAAUAAUAUAUAUAAAAGACUUGUCGUUGACAAACGGAACGUCUGUGUUGAGCCUUAUUAAAAUAAUCCCAAGGUAGACUAUUUUGAAAUACUUUCUUCGAUUAGAUAACUUCUAGAAUCUCUUGUCUAUUGUUUUUGUGCUAAAUAUCCUCAAUAUUUUUUAAAAAUAAUUUUAUGGCCUGGUAACGAAAUAUCCUUAAUGAGAGAAAAAGAUAGACAACGUGGUAAAUACUGCCUAAGUAAUAAUUGAGCAUAAACAAUUUUAGAUUUAAUAUCGAAGUUUGGCCAUGCGUAUUUCGAUCUCAGUUGGCACUUGGCAACCGAGGCCUAAGCAAUCUUUAUAACACACGUUACGUAUUACGUCAAUAAUUUCGAUCAGAUCGUUCGUUUAGUUCCAGAGAUUAUAGACUACAAUCUAUAUUGAUUUUACGAUAACUCAAUUUUAUGUAUUGUUUGUGGUAAUAUCUUUAUUCGCGUGAUUAUAGUGCUUGUAUACUCUAGAUAUAAUUACCAUUGACAGUUGACAGCAUUGCCUAUACCGUUUUGUGGAACGUCCGUUAGUGCAGGAGGGUUAUCUGGAACUAGCGUGUUUACCACUAAAAUCCCGAGGCUAUUAACAACCGCCCUAGGCGGGCUGCGGUAACAGGGAAGCCGUAUCCGUGGUUAGUCUGUGAUUAUACUUCCCUCAGCAAGUAUCAUUGACAGACGCCCUGUCUGCUACUAAAGGAUAUCGAUCAAUCCCUUCUUUUGAAUGCAUAGGCCGCUGUUUCACCGCUUCUGCACUUUUUAUGUGGCGAUUUGGUGGUAACGCAUUUACGAGACUUUAUUAAUUUAACUGUCAACUGAUUUUGACAAUUGGUGUCCAUCCAAGUUGGAUUAUGCACAAACUACGUCACUUUAUGUCAAAAAUUUAAUGCAUUUAUUAAUAUGUACAUAACUUAAUGUAUAGAAUUAAUUAUGUUUAUUGUCCCUUUAGUUCAAUCAAAAUUUGACACGAUGGACUGACACUUUGCAUAAUCUGUGUCUAAUACUAGCGGCACAUAUUUUAUGAUUUAUUGCCAAUUACAGGAAGCGGCCAUUUUGAUAUCCUGCCAUUGAAAGUAAGAGUGAAAGCAUUUGGUUAUGGGGCUUCUAAACGGGCCAUGUUCUGCUGCAAGUGAUUGCCCGGCCAUCACAAAAAUGUUAUAAUGCAGCUAAUGGCCGAGCCAUCUAUGGCCGGGCCAUGUGUUGCAAUGUCUGCAUUAGUAUGGCCCAUGAUACACUCCUAAACGGGCUACACAUACCGGCAAUGGCUGACGAAAUCACACUUAUCGCAGCCAUCAUAGCAACAAAACAUGGCCCGUUUAGAAGCCUCGUUAGAUCGAUAUGGACUAUAUUUUUAGAAAAUCAUUCAAAUCUAUUUAUCUUAUAGUUAAUAUUAUACCGUUAUAUCUGAUUAAGAUAAGUGAAAUUAAAGACUGAUUAGAUGUCUAGAUAUUCACACACUAUACCCUUUCCGAAUGAAAACGUGUUUAUAUCUUAAUUUAGAUUCACUAACUUCCGGUAGCGAUAGCGAGCCAUGUUAAUAUCGCUAGUGAAACAUUUAUUUUUAUACGAAAAUUUUGAUGUAUAUUAUUAAAUACGUUUUCGUUUUCAAAAGCGGUGGUUAUAUGUUGAUAAACAAAUUAAAUGACAUGUAAGUGAUAUACCUGAACUCAGAUCCGAACAUUAUAUCAGCGAAAGUUUUAUUAAUUAGUGCGUCGUUCAGACUCUAAGUUCAGUAAGUUUAUUUAAGUAAAUGUAAUUUAUUUUUGUAAUUAAUUUUUCAUUUAUAUUAUAUCUUAUGUGUAAACUAUUAUGGCUCAACUUAGCCAAGUCUAACCAGUCAUAGCUAAACUUGUAAAUGGUUUUGGCUCAACUUAGCCAAGUCUAACCAGUCAUAGCUAAACUUUUAAAUAGUUUUGGCUGCGCUUGGCCAUGUUAAACCGGUUGUGGCUAUGCGUAGCCAUUUAUGUAGUUAUAUAAUGAACAUUACCAAUUUAAUGUAAACAUGAUUAUAUUGAGUAAUAAGCCAUAAAUCUAGUGAUUAUUGUUAGUUAUGUACAAGUGAUUAAUUCAUUAAGAGUUUUGUAUGGUUAUGAUUGACACUGUAAGUUAAUAUACAUUUUGUGUUAAAAGAUAAUUUUGUUAAUGUUAAUUAAAGAUUAAUUUCCUUCGUAAUGUUAUUUCUCCUUGUUAUGUGCUGAAGUAGACCACGGAGUUUAUAUGUUGUAUAUGUUAUAGAGGUUAUUAAAUGUCAAAUGAAUUUAUAUUUUUAUAAGUACUUUUAGUUGUGAAUAUAAUUUAUUGUAUUUGAUGACUGUAUGAAUAAAUAUUGUUUUUUUUAUUUAA